GAAACACGAAAAAAUAUAAACUAGCGCAGUCGUUUGGUUGGCGCGCGCGGCGCGAAUCCUGUAAUUUCUUGAAUUCGCGUAAACGACAGUUUUUGAAAGUCAAAUAAUUCUUUUUAAAAUAAACUUACUGUACUAGUAUAGAAGGGUAAUUAAAAGUCGUGAACGAACAUAGAAUAGCAAAAUAUGGCUCCGAAUGUGGCGGCCGCGAUAGUAAAACUCGGUCAACAGAAGAAGAACGACGAGUUGAAAGAGAUCUUGGAGCGGAUUCCCAAUAAGGAGCUGACGGAUCUAGUGUCAUCCAGCAUAACUUCCACCGAUGGCUGCACACUGUGGCACUUUAUUCUGCUGGGCUUGGCUCACUCGAGCAAAUCGAAGGAGAAACGGUUCCAGGUCACUCUGGCCGUGCUGAACCAGCUGAACAAAACCGAACUCGGCACCAAGGUGGUGUUCGACAUUGUCUCCCGGCUCGUGCUGGACCUGCCCAAGUUCAGCUCGGAACAGCUGGUGGAGAUUAUGGAGUACUGUGUGGACUCGAUCCGCGCUGGCGAUCCCAAAUGUAUGGGCUGGAAGGAUCUGUUCCCGGAUGUGCUGAAGCUGUUGAACGAGCAGGUGGGGAAGUUCAGCGCCAAUGGGUUCAUCAUGACCGGAAGCGAAUACCGGAAGAAGGUGCUGGAAGAUCUGUUCAAAAUGAAGAUUCACAAUGGGAUUUUGACGUCGUUCACCGGGAUGUUGCGAGAGGUGCAGCUGAGCAAGGACGAAACAACCCUAGCGGUGGGCAAGAUUUGCGAUGCCAUUCGUGGGUUUGAGCCGUUGGAGAUUCCGGCACUGUCGUUCCAGCUGUUCCAUUUGUGCUUGAAGUAUAGUAGUUUGCUGGUACUGCCGAUCUACGCGCUGCAGAAGUACUUCCACAAACACUACUACAAAAAGAUGCUGUCCAACGACGGAGGGGACAGUACGGAUUUCGAUAGUAUCGAACCCGUUUCGGACAAGGAGAUCCGUGAAGCGGAGGAAACGGUGCUCUACCACCUGUCCAAUGUGACCGAGUUCCGCUUGGACGAGUCCCAGGUGGUGGCCAUGUUUAAGCCAUUCCAAAACAUUCCGGAGUUUCUGCUGACGCCGUUCGCCAUCAGUGCCUUGAUUGCCAUGAGCAAGAUCAACCGAAUGCCGGACACCAUGAAGGUAGUGGCCUCACCGGUGAUGGCCUUUCUGGCCAAACUGGUAGUAGAGAACGAAAACGAGAAGGAUCUUUGUCGGCACUCGGCUUGGUGCCGGGGACGGAUCGAAAGCGGCGUCGUUCCGGAUGUUGAACGUAUUCUGGCCAUCAUGACCGAACACAGCCAGGAGGGGAUGGAGGUGGUUACGCCGGGAGUGAUCCACUUUGCGUUCGCACUGCUGAUUGCGAAGAAGCAGCCAAAGCUACAUGCUAUUGCCAUAUCGUUUCUGCAGAAUUUCGUCAAGAAGCGAUUCAUUUUCGGGAAUGGAAUCGUUGGAAAGCUAAAGCAGUACUUGUUUGCCGAGCUGGACUCAAUGCAGUUUUCGGAGUGUUUGAACACGUUGAGUCUGACCAGUGCGCUGACGCUUUCGGAGUGUACCAGUUCGAUUAAUUACAUACUGGAAUAUUUGCUUUUGAUUGACGGAAUUCACGCGAUGCGCAUUAUGACAUUCCUGUUCCCGCUAAUUCGGAUUUCGCACACCAUUCGGGAUGCUUUCAUCGAGGUGCUCCGUAAAGCCAUGUACCACAGCGAAGCACACACCAGGAUGAUGGGAGUCUUCGGAUUUUGCGCUCUGCUAAAACAGCUCAAAAACAAUAACUCUCGGCGGGCGGUGCUAGGCGGUUCCGCCGGCAAUUUGACACAGCUGUCGAUUUCCGGAAUGUCGCUGCUGUCGCAAUCGAUGCUGGGCCGUGCGGAUAAUCCCGACAUGCACUUCGACAUGCUGACGUUGGAGAUUUUGGGCAUCCUGAGACGGUGUUUUACGCAGACGGCCGAAAUUCGGGAACUGUUGUAUGAAAGUUUGGGACGGGCGGUGGAGUUCAAUGGCAAAUUGUUGCCGCACGUGCUGCAGUUCAUCGAUUGGCACUUUAGUAGCUAUUUCAGCGAGUCGCUGGAAGGCACGCUGGAGAUCGAUUUUGAGAAGUGCGUCCGAUAUAGAUGUGAUUCCGGGGAAGACGGGGAUGCUGAUGAACAACAACAGCAACAGUUGGAGAUUUAUGAUAACGUUGGAAAGUUGACGGCCUUCAUGGUGCACUGUGUGGUGCUUUGUAAUCAACAGGACAUUGAGUACGAUACCGAGGGAGUUACGAAACACUUGAAGACUGUUGUUGAACAGAUUGAGAAGGUCACGUUGGACAGUCUUGGAAUAAUUGGAACUUUGGAUGCCAAAACCAGCGUUAUUGGAUGUCACUAUUUGAACACCAUCGAAGCCGGAAUGGCUUACUGUAUCUGGAAUGCAAAGCCUGAUAAUAGCUCUUUGAAGGAUCUGCUGAAACUGUUCAAACACCAUCAGAUCGGUUGCGAUAAAAUAAAGAAAAUGGAACCCAAGAAAGCAGGGAGGAAGCCCAAUAACGAAACAGUAGCAUCCACGGCAGCUGCUGCCGGAGGUUCUGCCAAAGGCGUUUCGUUCAAACCGGAGAACAUUUGGGAUUUGGCUACGGUGGAACGGUUGUUGCGGAUUCUAUUCGAUAACUCCACCAACUACGCAUCGGAGCAGGAUCUGGAACCCGUGCGAUCGCAACGUGACUUCGUCCAGUAUGCCCUCAAGGUGGCUUCGGACAAGCUGGAAGCACUUCGCAGCAGCCCGGAGUAUUGGCAGAUCAAGCACAGCAAGCGAGUGUUCGGUCACGUGUGCGAGUGUGGAAAGAUCAUCUACGAUCGUUGCGUGCGGAAAACCAACGAGUUGUGCGCCAGUGGUAACGUGCAGGUUGCAUUGAUCGCGGGGGAGGCUUUCCGGCAGACGAUGCUCACUACGCUUGCUGUGUAUGAGAGGAAGUUUAGUGAUUUUCUGCGGUUGAUCAGUUGCACUCUGGGCGGCAGUUUCAAGUCGGAUCUGCUGAAAGGCUUGCAUGAGAUCAUCGAUAAGUACUUUGAGGAUGGCGCGGAAGCUGAAUCGACAGGUGAAAAGUGUGUCGGAAAUCUGUUUCUGUGCUUGGAGAUCUUGUAUCAAUCCAAUGGCCUCGAUAACGAUCAUCUAAGCAUGGCCUACACGUGGUUGCAGAACUUUUGCACCAACCACAAGUUGAAACUGAAAUCUCUGGGAUUUGUCCAUCGGAUUUUGUUCGAGCUGCGAAUGCGAACGCAAACGGGGGCCUAUUUUGAUACGGUGUCGAUGCUGGUAGAACGCAAGUACGGACAAAUCGAGGAUGAUGAACUUGUGCCCAGUUUCACGCUGAAGUCGAUCAGUUCGAUGACGGUGGAAUCGGCGCUAGUAGCGCUGUGCAACGUUACGAAACAGCAGUUGGAUGAUGUUGAUCAUUUCAUUCUGCGUACAAACAGCGUAUUGGGCAGGUUGAAAAUCUACGGCCAUGGAGAGAAUGACGAAUAUCUGCAUCAGCUGAAGUCAAUCGAACGAUCCAUGUGUUCGCAGUUGGUUCACAUCAUGUCGGUGGCCACCCAUUUGGCCAACACCCAACUAACUCUGGGAACGUGUAUGGACUCUCUGCUCAAGCUUCUAAUCAACGUGUACACAUGCUUGAGCAAUUUGACCAAACACUUCAUCAAUCGACAUCCAGUGGCGGCGGUUUCUCACGAUUCGACCAAAUUCAAUCUCGUGAUCAAAUCCUCCAAGCCCUUGGCCGUCCGCAUCUACAAUCUGUUCCCAUUCAUAGAGGAGAACAUCCUCGGACAGACGCCAGAACCCGACUCGGACGAUGACUCAAACGAUAAGGCAAAGCUCAAACACGCUCAAAACGCUAAAAAGAAUCGAGAGAAAGUCCUGCGUCAAACGAAGCUCAUUCCCAAGCUGGUGUUCCGCAUCGAAACGUUUAACAAGUUCGUCUUGCUGCUCAGCAAAAAGACCAAGAAAGAUCUGACCUACCUCCUGCACAUCGGAACGGUGCGUGAUUUCCGCAUCAAGGAACCGGCGCUGGUUGAGGCAAUCAAGAAGGCCUGUGACGACCGGCCAGGUGUGGCCAGCUCCGAAUUCGGUGACAUAGCCGAUUUGGACGUUCCGGAAGAAGAGGAUGACGUUCAGCUCCUGCGGCCAACGGAAUCAUCUCUGCUGGGAGGAGAAGCAGCACUCGGACCGGAGGAGAGUCAACUCAACGAGCAGGAAUCGAACACGGAAAUCUCCGACGUUGGGGAUGAAAAUCAAGCGAUGAAGAAUUUGGCGCUUCUCAACGAGCGGAGCAAGCGCAAAUCGCGAAAGAAGCGGUGCAGUGCUGACGAUGAUGCCGAAGUUAAACGUGCGGAUGAUCCGGUGGGAGGUAAGAAGAGAAAGGUGACGAAGAAGAAGGCCGAGUCGCCGAAGAUCAACAAGAGGGCUCUGGAGACGAUGAAUGAGGUUGCGUCGGUGGCGGUGACGACGUCCAGGACGUUGGGUCCUAUCCGGAGGAACUCAAGGGGAGUGAAGAAGAAUUGACGGGAAGGUGAAGUAAUGUUUUUCAAGAUUGCAAUCAAAUACAUGUACAUCGUAGAUA